CUUUGGAGAAAAAACCGUCUGCUAAAUGAAUAAAUCAUGUAAAUGUUGUAAAUUGGGGACAAAAAUAUUUAUCAAUAGUAAUGGACAAAAUUGGAGGUGGGGCUUACCUAAUCCAUUCCAUGGCUAUUCUAAAAAGUACAUGAUCAUGUUAUGUAAAUUGGAUACUUGCAGGCUUUAGCGAUUCACUUCCAUUUCUGUCUCUUAUAAAUCCCGUCAGACCUGUCCUUCUUCCCGCGCGCUGCAGCCGGGGGACCUGUUAAUUAGAGGUUAAUCAAAGCUUACAGCUUUUUCGCGAGUCCAUAUGCGAGUAACACAUUCUGAGGCUCCCACGGUGUCACCGGGAGUUCGAGCGCUCGCCACACCAGCACGCACAGGCGGGCGCGCGUGGAAAUCGAAAGAACUCUGGAAGUGCGCGCGAGGUGCAGCAGUACGACACGCACGUGCCGCGGGGGUGCGCGCGCGAGGGCACAUUUCCAGGUGGGGGGUUCAGCGCGCGGCUUUCCGUCGAUGGAAAAGACAUAAACGUGCGCAGCGCUCGUCUGCGGCUUCUCAGGGAACCGCAAACCUUCCGCUCGACGUUACCGUCCGGCGCAUGGCAGGAUCCGCAAACGCAGUGGCGCGCGGCGGUUGGCUCGCGGCAUUUGGCUCGUCCGUGAGCAUGUCGGAGGAGAAGCCGAGGAAGAAGGCGUUCUACCUGGUAGGAAUGAGGGCGCUGAGCGGCGGCGGCGGCAGGCAGCCAGCGGCGCACGGCAACAACAACAACAACCACCACAGCAACGGCGGCACUAUGCCCUUCAUGAUCCACUGCCACAUCGGGAAGGAGAUCAAGCACAUCUGCAGCAACUGCAGCCGUGGGGACGAGGCGCGGGACGCUGAGGAAGUGGAAAGACUGGCUGCGAUGCGUUCGGAGUCCCUCGUUCCCGGCACCCACACACCACCCAUCCGGAGGAGAAGCAAGUUUGCCACGCUGGGUCGCCUCUUCAAGCCCUGGAAGUGGAGGAAGAAGAAGAGUGAGAAGUUUAAGCAGACCUCAGCAGCUCUGGAGAGAAAGAUCUCUACGAGGCAGAGUAGGGAGGAGCUCAUCAAGCGGGGAGUGCUGAAGGAGAUCUUCGAGAAAGACGGUACAAUCCCUCUUCCAAAGGACGAAGGGAAGUUUGAAAACGGACGGUCACCGGUUUCCAGCACGUUGGAACGUGACGGCAUAGAUCGCACCUGUCAGGUGCUGCCCAGUCCUGAACUCAUGGAAGGAACAGGAACAGCUUCUGUGGAGUUACAGGCAGCGGUUGAAGUGGGAGUCUGUCCCCAGGACCACUCUAUGAAGCCCCCUGCAACACUUCCAGCAUCCAAGAAACCCAUUGCCUUUCCUGGCGAAGGUCAGGACAUGCCUGUGAAGCAGGCUUCCUUCCACAAGCAGCCUCCUGCGUUGCCCCCAAAACCGUUUACCAGGAUGCCCAAUCACAUUACCGAUUCAGGCCAGCCCGUGAAGUUACCCUGCAUGGUGGGCAAGUUGUCCCCACCACUGCCACCCAAAAAGGUGAUGAUCUGUGUGCCCACUGGGGGCAUGGAGUCCUCGCUGUCUGCCUUCCCCCAGAAGUGCCCUGGCCCACAACCUUUACUUGCGCACCAUGGCACCUCGCUACCCACUGCGGUCUCCAGCCACACCCACCCAUUGGGGUAUGGCACCCUCCCUGUCCCCUUGCAUCCACCCAGCCGUGUCAUCGAGGAGCUUAACAAGACCCUGGCACUCACCAUGCAGCGGCUAGAAAGCUCGGCACUGCAUGUGGUCCCCACAGUAGUCAUUGAGUGUGAAGAUGACAAGGAAAACCUGCCCAACGAGUCUGACUAUGAGGACUUACCCAGCAUGUACAAGGAUGAGGAGGAAGAAGGUGACGAUGAUGAUGAAGAUGAGGAUGACGAUGACACUCUGUAUACCAGUACACUGGCCCUGAAGGUGCUGAGGAAGGACUCUCUGGCCAUCAAGCUGAUCAAUCGGCCAUCACAGCGUGAGCUGGAGGAGAAGAAUAUCCUCCCCAUGCAGACGGAUGAGGAGCGGUUGGAGGCCCGCCAGCAGAUAGGCACCAAGCUCACACGGAGACUGAGUCAGCGUCCCACGGCGGAGGAGCUUGAGCAGAGGAACAUCCUGAAACCUCGGAACGAGCAGGAGGAGCAGGAGGAGAAGCGAGAGAUCAAGAGACGACUGACGCGCAAGCUCAGCCAGAGACCGACGGUCAAGGAGUUGAGGGAGGCCAAGAUCCUUAUCCGUUUCAGCGACUAUGUGGAGGUCGCCGAUGCCCAGGACUAUGACCGUCGAGCAGACAAGCCGUGGACCCGCCUCACAGCAGCCGACAAGGCAGCCAUACGGAAGGAGCUCAACGAAUUCAAAAGCACUGAGAUGGAGGUGCACGAGUCAAGUCGCCAUCUAACCAGGUUCCAUAGGCCAUAGAACUUUGCUUCAUAUAUAAAGCCAUAUGGGCUUUUACCCCACAAAGAACCUUAAGUGCUGGAUUGGUGAGUGUUGUAUAAAAGGUGCCCUAGUCAUCAACAAGGCCUUUCAAGAGCAGAACCAGUACAUCCUGUAUGGACACGGUCACUGUCACCGUGACGAACUUGCUGACCCUCCCCCUGACCAAGGCCUCUCUGGGUGGAGUGUGGACUGCCGAGGAGGAAUGGGGGGAGCUGGUGACCUAUCCUGUUUGUCGAAGGGUUAUCUAUGUCUUUUUCACUCUGUGCGAGUCAUCACACCUCCCUGGUGCGAGAGCCUAGGCUGAAUUGCUGCUGCUGUUGCUGAGUUGCUGCUGAACUGCUGCCCCCCCAACUGUGUCGGGGGCUGGGUAAGGCCUGGAGAGGGUUGGCAGAAAGACAGUGUGAGCGGCCAAGGGCUUCAAAUUUCAGUUUUUGUGCAAUAUUGCCCACCACCACGCCCAAGGCUGCUUGUAGAGCCCUCCCUGUGGGUCCACUAGGGAGGAUGGGGCAGCUGGAUGUUCGUGUUCUCUGGACCUCUUCAUUACCCAUCACCAUUCCUGACCCACCACCAAUACCCUGCUAACUGUGAACCACAAAACUAUGCCUACAGUUGUCUUUAAUCCAUUUUUACUUCUCCGGUGCAUUUUGUGUUCUGCUGCUGAAGUGCAAAGAAUUUCCAGUUCCUGUGGUGCAUCUGUCACGGUGUGACAGAAAACAAACUGCACUAACGAUACCUUUGGAAAUGUUUCAUUCCUUGUGUGUCUUAAGUAUUUAUGGUUUUUAAUUUUUUUUUUUUUUCUCUCUAAAUUAUGUCUAACAUUAUCUGUUAACCUUUUUGGAAGCUGCACUGUGAACCAUGCCAGUAUAAAACAGUGUGAGAACAGUCAGUCUCUAUUCUUUGCAUUGAAUGUGAAUUCCAGAGGAAGGAGGCUGAGAAAAGGACCUUGCUUUUAAUGCUUUAUUUAUUUUCCAGUAACGAUGCUCAAAAUGUUAACUCGGUAUUGUGUAAUACAUCCAAACCUGUAGCCUCACAUGCUCCAUGACCGGAGUUGUAUUUUAUUUUCAUGUACAGUAUAUG